AUGGAGAGCAAUGCGUCUUCAUCUUUUGACAUCGACGAAAAUUCGAGGCGUUCGUCGAUUAAAGCUAGCGAAAUUACAGAUGAUAGCGAUGAUGAACAAUUUUUAUGUGGUUAUGGCCGAUGUACUCCACAAUGGCUUCAAUGGUUUCAUACUGCAAAGUGGCUGCUAACUGUAUUAGGUGCAUGCGCUUUUGUGCAGAGUUUUGUUGUUAACAGCAUAUUUCCAGUAGGUUUAUCAACGCUGGAAAAGAGAUUUCAUAUGACGAGUACACAGACUGGAAUCAUUUCAAGUUGGUACGAUUUUGCAGUUUUAUUAGCAGUUUUUCCCGUUUGCCAUUGGGGCAAUUCAGGCCACAAAGGCCGCUGGAUUGGUAUUGGGACUUUUUUAAUGGGCUUAGGCUCAUUUGUUUGUGUGUUACCUCAUUACAUGGUCAGUCCCUAUCAUAUUAAGGAAAGAAAUCAAAAUGAUAGUGAUUUCGGUCAAUGUGGUUACAGCGCAUCGUAUCUUAACCCCUAUUUUCUUAUAUUUAUACUCGGUCAAACAUUACAUGGAAUAGGAGCAACUCCGUUAUUUUCAAUAGGAACUGCUUAUUUAGAUGAAAACGUAUCACAAAAAGCCUCACCAGUAUACCUCGCAAUUCAUGCGGUCGUAACAUCGAUAGGACCAGUCAUUGGCUUGUUUGUUGGUGGAUUUUUAUUGACGAUAUACACGGAUUUUGAUCGUGUUGAUUUAUCAAGAAUAACUCUAAAAGACUCAUCUGAUCCUCGAUGGGUAGGUGCAUGGUGGUUAGGAUUUUUGGCGUCAGCAAUAUUCGCUAUACUUACUGCUUUCCCAAUUUUGGCAUUCGCAAGAGAAUUACCUGAGGCGAAAAAACAUCGAAAAAAAUAUAAAAAAAUUUUAUUUCUUACAAAAAUUAAUAUCUUACGAAAUCCCACAUUUGUUACUUGCAUUGUACUCGGUAUUUUUGAAUCGAUCGUUAUCAAUGGUUUCGCUGCAUUUAUGCCAAAAAUUCUUGAAGCAAUUUUAAGCACGACUCCAACAAAAGCAUCCUAUCUUUCCUCGGUGGUCAUUUUUGCUGCAGCUGCAGGUGUAAUGAUUGGUGGCACUCUUAUAAGGCAACUUAAUUUACAAGUCGGAGGAAUGUUGAAAAUGAUAUUCAUGUGUCAUCUUAUUGCACUAUUACUUAUCAUUUGCUUUUUAAUACAAUGCCCAGCAAGAACAUUUAUCGGUAUCAAUUGGAAUUACGAUAAUCAAAAAAUCAAAGGUACAGCAGGCAGUUUAUAUUCAGCAUGUAAUACGGAAUGCUACUGCAAAAGUUUAUGGAAUCCUGUUUGCCAUAAGGAAACUGGUUUUGCAUUUUAUUCAGCAUGUUUUGCAGGUUGUACGGUCAAAACUCAAAAUUCUUCGGGUAUAUUUUGGAAAGAUUGUUCAUGUAUGAGACAAAUCGCUUCGCAUAUGAAUACUUCAACAGCACCAUCAAAUUAUAUUUUACAAGAAGGAUUUUGUGAAAGAGACUGUGGAUAUUAUGAAUGGAUAUUCUUAUUUCUUCUAUUUCUUUCUGUUGUUGCCAGUUUUGCUUCUGGAAUACCUUCACAACAGAUUAUGUUACGAGUUGUACCGUUUCAACAACGAACUCUUGGCAUCGGCGUACAUUGGACAUUCCUUAGGCUGCUUGGCUUCAUACCCGGAGGAGUACUUUUUGGUAUGAUGAUUGAUACGGCGUGUCUCAAAUGGCAAGAAGCAUGUGGAGCAAAACAGUCUUGUCUCGUAUAUGAUUCUUAUAAAUUAUCAUGGACAAUAAUGGCCGUCGCUGUUGUUUGCAAAUUGGUGUCGAUAUUAGCGGCAAUUUUGGGCUAUAUGACAUAUAGACCAAACGAUCUCGAUAAUGGAAUGUCUAUUCAGACAACUGAUAGCCGUGGUCCUUUAUCGCUUACAGUUAAUGAUGAUCGACCUCCAACUGAAAUUCAUACUUCAUUGGGAGAGAAAUAUUUCAGUAGUUGA